UCUGGUCGUCGAUAAGAAGGUUGGCAACGCGCCAUGACGCAUUGCAAGUCUACUUGCUCCCCCUCUCUGUGGCGGAGCCUGCGAAACCCUCAUAACGGAAAAUAUCCCAGCAACACACAGCUGGGCGAGAGAGCGCGAGCUGCUGUACAACUCCGUGUCUCGCGCCGCGCGGCAGUGCUCCAGUCUCAGCCUGAACUCCGGCAGCACUCUUUCGCGAUACUGAAGCGUCGGGAAGGAAAGAAUGCGGAAGAAUUGUCAGCACACCUUUUUGCCCACAGAACUGCAGAUUUUUCCGAUAUCGUCCGUUAUCUGAUUGUUUCACACUGGUCGCGGGAACUCGUGCGUAUAUGGGAACUUUCGUAGCCUUUCGUCCCUUUUACUUAUCGGAGGGUAGCGCUUCCUAAUCUCGUAUAAAAACCAAAACGAAUGUGAGUGCUGGUACCACUUACGGCUGCUGGCGCUACUUCUACUACUACUACUCGUACUACAACUACUACGUAACCGACCACUACAUCCGAUUCCUGCCUUUAUAUUUCAGUUACUUUGGGAAAAGGCUUAGGAAGAGCGGGGGAAACACCGUCCCUCUCGGCAUCAUGCGACAACCGGCGACUGCGUCCUUCCUCUCCCUCGGCCUGCCGCUCUUCGUCGCGCUGGCGGUCCUGCUCCUCAGCGUUCAGCGCGGCGAGGCCGCUGGCCCGGACCACAAAGCGGACAGAGAGGGCUCCUCUCCGGCCAACUUCACGAAAGACCCGUGCACCGGAACGUAUGAGUGCCUGCCGGGCGUGAUCCUUCCAGCGUGGGAGCCCCAGAACCCGUCCUUCGGCGACAAGGUGGCGCGGGCGACGGUCUACUUCGUGGCCCUGGUCUACAUGUUCCUGGGCGUCUCCAUUAUCGCGGAUCGCUUCAUGGCGUCCAUCGAGGUCAUCACGUCGCAGGAGAAGGAGAUCACCAUCAAGAAGUCCAACGGCGAGACCACCACCACCACGGUGCGGAUCUGGAACGAGACCGUGUCCAACCUCACGCUCAUGGCCCUGGGCUCCUCGGCCCCCGAGAUCCUGCUGUCCGUCAUCGAGGUGUGCGGACACAAGUUCGAGGCGGGCGAACUGGGGCCCAGCACCAUCGUGGGCAGCGCCGCCUUCAACAUGUUCGUCAUCAUCGGCAUCUGCGUCUACGUCGUCCCCGACGGGGAGCACCGGAAGGUCAAGCACCUGAGGGUGUUCUUCGUCACCGCCACCUGGAGCAUAUUCGCGUACAUCUGGCUUUACUUGAUCUUGGCGGUCAUCUCCCCGGGGGUGGUCCAGGUCUGGGAGGGCCUGCUCACUCUGUUCUUCUUCCCCAUCUGCGUGGUGUUCGCCUGGGUGGCCGACCGGCGGCUCCUGAUCUACAAGUACGUGUACAAGCGCUACAGGGCGGGGAAGCAGCGGGGCAUGAUCAUCGAGACCGAAGGCGACCGGCCACUCCCCUCCAAGGUGGACAUCGAGAUGGACGGCAAGAUGCUCAACUCCCACGCCGUGGACUUCCUGGACGGAACCCUGGCCCUGGACCUGGACGACAAAGACCUGGACGAGGAGGAGACCAGGAGGGACAUGGCGAAGAUCCUGAAGGAGCUGAAGCAGAAGCAUCCGGACAAAGAGGUGGAGCAGCUGAUCGAGCUGGCCAACUACCAGGUGCUGAGCCAGCAGCAGAAGAGCCGGGCCUUCUACCGCUGCCAGGCCACCAGGCUGAUGACGGGGGCGGGGAACAUCCUGAAGAAGCACGCGGCCGACCAGGCCAGGAAGGCCGUCAGCAUGCACGAGGUGCGCCCCGACGUGGCCGAGAACGACCCCGUCACCAAGGUCUUCUUCGACCCCGGCUCAUACCAGUGCCUGGAGAACUGCGGCACGGUGGCGGUCAACGUGGUGCGCCGCGGCGGCGACCUCGCCAACACCGUCUCCGUGGAGUUCCGCACCGAGGACGGCACGGCCAACGCCGGGUCCGACUACGAGUUCACCGAGGGCGUGGUGAUCUUCAAGCCCGGCGAGACGCAGAAGGAGAUCCGGGUGGGGAUCAUCGACGACGACAUCUUCGAGGAGGACGAGAACUUCCUCAUCCACCUCAGCAACGUGAAGGUGCUCGCCGAGGGCGGGGACGAGGAGAACCCGGAGGCCAAUCACGUGGAGACCCUUGCCUGCCUGGGCCUGCCCACCACCGCCACCGUCACCAUCUUUGACGACGACCACGCCGGCAUCUUCACGUUCGAGGAGCCGGUGACGCACGUGAGCGAGAGCGUGGGGACUAUGGAAGUGAAGGUCCUGCGGACGUCCGGAGCCCGCGGGGUGGUUGUUGUGCCCUACAAGACAGUCGAAGGCACAGCUAAGGGAGGAGGAGAGGACUUUGAAGACUCCCACGGCGUGCUGGAGUUCCAGAACGACGAGAUAUUCAAAAUUAUAAAGGUCAGAAUAAUUGACGACGAGGAGUAUGAGAAAAACAAGGCCUUCUUCGUGGAGAUCGGGGAGCCCCGGCUGGUGGACGUGAUUGAGAGUAAAGAAGAGGAAGUGGAGGGGGAGGAAGAGGAGCCCCUGACGGGGAAGGACGAGGAAGAGCGGCGCAUCGCAGAGAUGGGCCGGCCCAUGCUGGGGGACCACGUCAAGCUGGAGGUGAUCAUCGAGGAGUCCUACGAGUUUAAGAACACCGUGGAUAAGCUGAUUAAAAAGACCAAUCUGGCCCUCUUGGUCGGGACGAACAGCUGGAGGGACCAGUUCAUCGAAGCCAUCACGGUCAGCGCUGGCGAGGACGACGAAGACGAGGAGUGCGGGGAGGAGAAGCUGCCCUCCUGCUUCGACUACGUCAUGCACUUCCUGACGGUGUUCUGGAAGGUUCUGUUCGCCUUCGUCCCGCCCACGGACUACUGGAACGGCUGGGCCUGCUUCGUGGUGUCCAUCUGCAUGAUCGGCCUGCUCACCGCCUUCAUCGGAGACCUGGCGUCCCACUUCGGCUGCACCAUCGGCCUGAAGGACUCCGUCACCGCCGUGGUGUUCGUGGCCCUGGGGACCUCCGUACCGGACACGUUUGCCAGUAAGGUGGCGGCCAUCCAGGACCAGUACGCCGACGCGUCCAUCGGCAACGUGACGGGCAGCAACGCGGUCAACGUGUUCCUGGGCAUCGGUGUGGCCUGGUCCAUCGCCGCCAUCUACCACCAGUACCACGGCCGGCCCUUCCGGGUGUCCCCCGGCAGCCUGGCCUUCUCCGUCACCCUCUUCACCAUCUUCGCGUUCAUCUGCGUGGGGGUGCUGAUGUACCGGCGGCGUCCCGAGAUCGGGGGGGAGCUGGGGGGGCCGCGGACUUCCAAGGCCAUCACCAGCAUGCUCUUCGUCAGCCUGUGGCUGCUGUACAUUCUCUUCUCCUCCCUGGAGGCCUACUGCCACAUCAAGGGCUUCUGAGCGGACCUGUGCGCCAGCGGGAGACCCGAGGGGGAGGAGCCCGGAGGGGGAGGAGCCCGGAGGGGGAGGAGUCCAGAGGGGGAGGAGCGGGAAACCCGUAAUCGAGAAGAAGAAAAGAAAACGGAAGUAGCAGCAGCAUAGCUUUUUAUAACUGUCGUGUUUCUACCCCUAAUACACAUGCAGACACACACACACACACACAUACACACACACACACACACGCACACAUACCUACACAC